AUGGCCAUAACGCCCUUCCGCGAGAAAAUCAAACGUGUUUUCUCGCGCUCCAGUUCCGGGUCUGGAUCCGCGUCCGGGUCUCCCCAGAUCACGUCCAAAGAUUCAAAGAGUCUGAAACCCAACAACACCAGCCGACGGCACAGCUACGGCCUUGGGCACAAGAACGGGCGCACCAGCAGCAAACUUGGUGCCAGCAGGAUUCCCAUUGCCGUGAAACCCAGCAAGACCAAAUACCGAGCGAACGGGAAGCCGAAGAUCGAACUCUACAAGGCACACGAAGUCCCGCGAUCGAAAUACUGGGGCCCGUUCGACGAAGCACAUCUCAGGCGGCUGGCAGCGUAUUCGAUUACCGACGCGAUGUCGCGAGAGCGUAGACCACGGUCAAUGAUUUCAGAAUCGCCAUUGGGGACGAGGGUAUCGCCUUCGCGGAGAGGCAGUGUAGAGGACGAGGUGGAAAUAAUGCGAUAUGCUGCUGGGGGCGCAAUACCACCGGAUGCCUUGCAACCCUCCUCCGCACCACCCACCUCCAUUCCGUCCCUAUCGGGGACAACAAGCCUUACGUCCCAACUUUUGCCAGCCACGCAAAUGGGUCCGCAUGGGCCUCCACAUCAGUUCACGUCACAAACUGAAGAAACUCCCCUCGAUCAGUCGGAGACAGUCCUACCAUACACCACCACCACCACCACCCUUCUCUUUGAGGCCGUCUUUGCUGUCCGAGAAGAUAAUCAUGUCAUCAUCCACGCCCGUCACGCCUGA